CCUUAGUGAACUGUGACCGUGGAGGCGGCGGAGAAAGGGAAAAGAAACAGAAACUACGAUCGAUGGCCUUCACCGCUGCGAGGAAAGAAAGACCGAAAGCCCCUUCCUCUCCCUCAAGACCUUGAAUAGGGUACCUAACUGUCAACUGUCAACACGGGCUCGUUUAUUUAGCCCCCCGCGGGGACGAAACAUGCCAUCAUGCUCAUGCUCUUCGCACAUCGCCUUUUUUUUUGGCCUUUUCCAUCAACACAGUAUCGUUCCACCUAAAUGAUUGAAACUCCUAUCCCAGGAUUCGACUUGUCCCCAGCCGCAUUUUUCGCCCUCGCCGACCUCCACAGCAUCCCUGACCGUACAGCCUUCAGAGGCGGCGUAUCCAUCUUCGAAGUCCUUAUUCUGGCCCCAGGGCUGCAAUACCAGCAAUCCGCGGACACCAUCUACGGCUUGUACACUCGCUUCCCCAAAGCCUUCGAGACGGGCCAACGCGCCGCCACCUCCGAGGGCCAGACACCCACGCCUGAUCCUGCCGGGGUCCGACAUUGGCCCGUCCACAACCACGCCACUCUGCGGUUUCUCCAGCGCGUAGUCGAGAGCGACGACUUCCCAUGCUCCGUCACGCCUCUCACUACCGCAUCCGGGGAUGACGGACGCAGAUUGGAAGAAUCGGCGCUAGUCGGGAACAACGGCUGGGCCUCUACCAAGCGCGUGUGGACUUUCAACGUCGGUCUUGAAGUUUGGCCGGAGAUGAUCCCGUCCACGACGUAUCUCGACGCCUUGAGGAAGCGAACUCCUCAGCCCAGGCCUGGGAGCAAUGAGAAGCUCACCGAGCAGCCGGACCACUCGGUGAAGGAGGACAGGGCAUGGAUUCUGGCCGAGAUUGCUAGCCAUUUUCUAUACCUCUGUACCCCCCUCCUCACCAUUAGCGCCGUGAUCCUGUGUAUUGUGUCGACAGACUGGUGGGGCUUCAGCGUCAUCCUCAUGCUCAUCUUUUCCCGCGCCAUCAACAUUAUGAUCAUUGAAGAGCGACAUGAUCCCGAUUCCGUCGCGAUGGACGCUAUCCCAAUCCCAGUCAUGGCCGGCCAUACCAUAACUGUAACCCCUUUCGAGCCCGCCUCAGUCCACACCACAACAUCCGCAUUCGCCCUGCCGUCGACGUACUGGAACCAACGCCGCUCCCGGAGGACGGAAGGAAAAGCAAGAACCGAAUAUACCAUACCUCUCUCCCCGACCUCCAUCGUCGUCCUUCGCGGCACGCGUCAGGACCUUCAAGCCGUCACCACGUGCGGGUUCCUCAGUCCUCUAAGCCGGAGACAGGGCCUCCUCGAAGGCGUCGCCAAGUCCUUCAUGUACCUCGCCGCCGCCCUUAGCGGGAACCUCAGUCAGAUGGGCGCCAUCGCGCUGGCCAUUCUCCUGCUGACCAGCGCCUCCAUGUUGGGUAUCAGCAACUUCUUCGUCCGUUGCCUCCGCGUCAAUGGACGUGUGAUGUACCCGACUCCCGCAAACCACCGAGGGGCCAGAUCCUGGGAUCCCGCCUGUACGUUGUAACUUGAAAAGAAUUCAGCACUUAUGUCUUAGAAAAGCACAAGAUAGAUAUGAAUAAGAAGAAAGUAUGGGUAUAUUUUCCCCCCGCCAUCUGACGCCUUUGGAGAGAUUGAUGAUCCUAUCCUGAUGAUGAAUGAAAAAAGAGAACAAAUGAAAGUGUAGGAAGAGAAAUGACAGAAAAUAAAUCAAAGGAAUAAAAGAAAAAGAAGAGAAGAGAAAUAGAAGAAGUAAA